AUGUCUAGCGAUGCGAACGCCACCGGAAAUAAUAAAGAAUACUUCCCACACGAGGAGCAGAUUUUGCUUUAUUUCAAGAGUUGUGGACUCUCCUGGAUUCAUAUCGCGAAGGAAUUUAAUUUACGAGUUGACAUCAACCGACAACGAACGCCUACGGCUUUAGAGAACAAAUGGCGAGAGCUAAAUCGAGCAUUCUCUCUACCCUCUCUUACAUUGACUGAGAAGGCUGUGCCUCCCCCGAAAGCGCUGAUCGGUCAGACUAUACGAAUUCAAUACAACAGUAGUAAUCACCCUCUAGUAGAUGCCUUGAUGAAAGGCCUGGAUGACGCUGUCAUCGUUGCAGUACCACUCGGUUUCAAUCAAGUCGAUCUGGCCGUCAUUAUUUCGGAGACCGAACGUGUUUACAGAAAAUACAAACCGCUAAGUUUUGAGCAGUUCAGUGAUGUUGAUCCCUGUCUACUUCUGGUCGCCCAGAACUCACCUGGCACUUCCAUCCUCGAAGCUACAAGCCCCUCAAUCAUCGAUCAAAGGCUAGCAGCCUACGAUAAACGGCUUGACGAUAUCAUUGCUUCUAUCGCGAUGGAACUGGACCAAGAAUCUCUCGCCAAGCUAGCUGUUACUACGUGGAUUUUCGAUACAUCGCAAUUUCCCACGCCGUCUGCAUCAUUAUUCAAGUUGCUUUCAGAUCUAACAUCAAGCCCGAUACCCGCGCCAUCAAGUAUUUAUCGUCAGUAUCGCGAGAUGCAAAACAAGUCCUGCAAUGCCCAAAGUUCGCGAAACCUCAUAGUUUUCUUGAUUGGACUUCGUAGUAAGUAA